GAGCUUUAUACGAUGAAUGCACACAUGCGGCCAUCCCCAUGGGCUCACAAAGGAGUCGCUCAUGUAAGCGAAUCAAUUGUCGCUUGAGCAAUUUAACACAUCAAGCAGACCGUCCUCAGUCAGUCAGUGUGCUACAGACACACACUUCCCAAGUCACACCCCAAGACAGACAUCGACCAGACAGCCAGAGAGAAGGCCAGGAGCCCCAACAGAUCCACCUCGAGCCAGUGAGCAGUGUGUGAGGCCACGAGACAUCCAAAGCAGGCACCUCAAUGGGGAACACAGGCAGCCAAGACAGCAACACGCCCAGACCACAGAGGCACUAAGACCGCAUCAAUGGGCAGCCAGGCAGCUGCUGAGGAAAGAAAAAGAGAGGGCAAUACACGUAUCACGCACAGACAGACAGACAGACAGACAGACAAUAGAGACAUACUCCCUAGACACACUCCCUACCCUAGUGCACCAGCAGGGAAACGCAAUGCGAUUGAGACCGUUGUGUGUGACCUGCAUGCAUCCGUGGGUGUUUUCAAUCUUGUGAUGCGGUGAGAACCGUCGCAUUUCGCAGUGACGGCCUUCACCUAAACCCUAAAGGUCCAAGUGUCACACUAACCGACUCCAUGGACGCUCAUCGAGAAACUGCAAACACAAAAGCAGACAGCAGGCAGCAACGUGAUACGUAGUGCAAUCGAGCCACUUGCAGCCAUCCGAAAACACAGCCAGCCAGCCUGAGGAGAGACAGCAGAAGCACAAAAAACAGCAGUCACUUCCUCGUACAGUCACCCAAUCAAUCGUUCAAUCAAUCAGUCACACACAGGUCACAGAUUGACAUCACAUACAGCCAGCCAGCCAGCCAGCCACGCGAGGCACCCUCACUAUCACAGGGCACCAGCAGGGAAAUACCCCGACACGUCCUGAUCCUCCAGCAACUGAUGCAAUGGUUCGCCAUACCCAGGCACGUUGCGGUUCGGUAUCUUCUGUCCGGCCUGCCAUCGAAUGGGCUUGACAGGAUACUUAGUGCUGCCGUCAGCCUUCUUCCAUCCACUCGCGGUGCCGUCAGGGAAGAGCGUGCCGCUCUUGGCCAGGCCCUCUCGCCAUUCGCCAUCAAACCACAACACAGAACCACCCCACCAGUAGUAUGCCUUCCCCUGGCGGUGCCGUCUGUUGUCUUUCCAUUCGCCCUCAUAGAGCUUCACCAUUCUCCCGUCGAGGGCUUUGUAUUCGGUGCCCUUUUGUCCCUCUCGCUUGCCUUCCACAAAGUCGCCCUCAUAGACGAGACACAUCUUGGUCUGGAUCAGUUGGCGCUGCUGCUGGUUGUACACCUGGCACGGUGCGUAUUCCUUGCCUUUGCCGUGUCGUUUGCCGUCCGCCCAGUGGCCCUCGUAGAGUGAGUCCUGGCCGUCCAUCGUGCGCAGAGUGCCCUCGCCGUGUGGCAUCUUGUUGCGGACAUUGCCGUGGUACAUGCCCCCCUCCCAAUGGAGACUCGCCAAUGUCGGCUCCUGCUCAGACAU